GCCUCGACCCUCGCUGAACGGGUCGGCCGCGUGGACUCCCGUCGCUCGUUCUUCAUUGUGCCGUGACUGGAGAAGGAGAAAAGGCGGAUGGAACCAGUGCUGCUAAAGGGAAAACUCAGUGCUGGAUAAUUGCUUGAUGAUGCCGCCAUGGAACUGUGUCGAUGACGACUUCUGCAUGAUUCCAAUUUUCAUGUGCCCACCUCUUGGACAAGCCAAAGUUACAGGGACACAAUAUUGGGAAGAGAGGUUCAUUCAAGAGAUCUUCUUGCCGCUCACAACAAGAUUCGAUCUUCAGUUUUUCAUCACAGUGAUUGAGAGGGAAAAUUCCUAAGAAAAUGGACGCGGCUUCACAUACUCGAAUUCAAACCUGUGUAUUUUUUCUUAUCCUUUUCAAAGAUAGACGUGCUCUGUAUGAUAUAAAAAAGUGACUCAAGUUUGGCAGUGGCAUGCACUUCCAUAAAUUUCCAAGCUUUUCUGACAAAGUUUGGAUGAUGUCUGCUCAGGUGCAUAUUUUAAGGUCGUGGACGAACGAAGCCUUUAUCGAGUGAUCCGACGCCGACCGACUUCAAGCACCGUCUUCUUAAUAUGGAGACGACCGCCAGAAAGGAAGCAGAGAGAAGAAGAGUGAAAGCUGAGCUAGGAAGCCAUGGCGGCAACACCCUUGUACAGAGAUGCUCACCAGCCUAUAGAGGCAAGAGUGCAGGACCUCCUCUCCAGGAUGACACUGGCAGAGAAGAUCGGCCAGAUGACACAGAUUGCGAGAUCAGUCGCCACACCUUCAGUUAUCAGAGACUUGGGCAUUGGUAGCAUUCUCAGUGGAGGUGGCAGUGCGCCGCGAACUGGCGCGUUACCAAUGGACUGGAUAGACAUGGUUGAGAGCUUCCAGAAAUGGGCCCUUGAGUCGCGCCUGUCGAUACCGAUGAUCUACGGUAUUGAUGCUGUCCAUGGACACAACAACGUGGUUGGUGCCACAAUUUUCCCUCACAAUAUCGGCCUGGGUGCUACCAGAGAUGCUGGUUUGGUUCAGAAAAUAGCAGAAGCAACAGCCAAAGAAGUUCGAGCCACUGGAAUACCUUACAAUUUUGCUCCCUGUGUAUCUGUUUGUAGAGAUCCAAGAUGGGGGAGAUGUUUUGAGAGUUUUAGUGAAGACUGUGAACUUGUUCGAAGCAUGACAACUGCAGUUCGUGGUUUACAAGGUACACCACCAGAAGGUCACCCUAAGGGAUAUCCAUAUCUAGGUGGCAGAUUAAAUGUCAUUGCCUGUGCUAAGCAUUAUGUUGGAGAUGGGGGAACUGACAGAGGCAUCAAUAAGGGGAACACUAUAUCAAGCUUUGAACAUCUGGAAAGUGUUCAUUUAAGUCCUUUCCUGGAUUGUUUGUCACUUCAUGUGUCAACAGUUAUGGCAUCUUUUUCCACCUGGAACGGGACCAAAUUACAUUGCCAUUAUAAUCUUAUUACAGAGCUUUUGAAAGAACAAUGGGCAUUUAAGGGAUUUGUGAUUUCUGAUUGGAGAGGAGUAGAAAGAAUCCUUGAUCCACCAGGAUCUGACUACCGAUAUUGUAUCUCAGCUUCAAUAAAUGCAGGAAUGGACAUGGUGAUGGUGCCUUUCAUCUAUGAGGAAUUCAUAAAAGAAUUGACAUCCUUGGUGGAAUCAGGAGAGAUACCAAUGACGAGAAUCAAUGAUGCUGUUGAAAGGAUUCUCAGGGUCAAAUUCGUAGCUGGGCUCUUUGAACACCCCUUUGCUGACAGAUCUCUGCUUCAGACAGUGGGUUGUGAGGCGCACAGGGCAUUGGCUAGAGAAGCUGUCCGCAAGUCCUUGGUGCUGCUGAAAAAUGGCAAAGACCCAGAAAAACCAUUUCUUCCUCUGGACAAGAAAGCCAAGAGAGUUCUUGUUGUUGGCCAGCAUGCUAAUGAUAUAGGUUAUCUGUGUGGUGGUUGGACCAUAAGCUGGACUGGGAGCAGUGGCAGAACCACGGAAGGGACAACCAUCCUAGAGGCAAUAAAAAAGACAGUCAGCGAGCAUACUGAAGUCACCUAUGAAGUGGACCCAUCACCAGAGAUCUUCAAAGAUUCUGAAUUUUCAUUUGCAAUUGUUGUGGUUGGAGAGGAACCUUAUGCAGAAACUUUGGGGGACAACUCUGUGCUUGACAUUCCUUUAAAUGGUGCAGAACUCAUAAGAUUGGUUGGCAGCAAGGUGCCCACUCUUGUGAUCAUGAUAUCUGGAAGGCCUCUUGUGGUGGAACCGGUGCUGGAUUAUAUGGAAGCAUUCGUGGCUGCUUGGCUACCUGGAACUGAGUGUGAUGGGAUUACUGAUGUAAUAUUUGGGGACUACGAGUUCCAUGGAACUCUUCCCAGAACCUGGUUUAAAAGAGUAGAUCAGCUGCCGAUGAAUGUUGGUGAUUCAAACUAUGACCCCCUCUUCCCAUUUGGGUUUGGCCUGAAGAUGAAUCUGGAAAAGCAAGAUAUAACAAAGCAAUAGGCUGGUCUCUAGAACUGUAAUAAGAUGAUUUAGCUGUUGGUCAUGAACCGCAGUUGAAGCAAACGCACACUUGUGCAGCCUCUGUCUUUUUAUUCUAAGGCUCAUUUAUUUGAUAUUUGCCACAUGUAUGGUCAUAAAUAAUGUUGAUGCCUUAUUGCGCUCGGUGUUUGCAGUUGCCAAAUAUUUGGAUGUACCCGUGUCUAUUGUUUCUGUUUAAAUGUGAUUGAGAGUUUCUUGCAUGA